AUGACAAGUAUUUGUAUUAUUUUAUUAAUAUAUAAACGUAAUCAAAUACAUUUUGGACCUUUAUUACAAGGUUUUCAAGCUCAUGGAACAAAAUCAUCAGAUGAAUAUCGAAAAUUAAUUGCACUUAUACGUGAAACUCAAACAACACAUUUAUUUCCAAAUUCAUUUAAAAGCAAAACAUUUCAUCAAAUACCUUAUUCGUCUUUCAAUCCACAUAUCAAUCCUUGUUCGAAAAGAUUUUAUUUACCUACAUGUCCUAUAUUACAUUAUACUGAAUUAACAUAUCAUAUUAAUAAUAAUUUUACAAGUCUAUUUCAUGAUAUAAAUACUUUUAAAACAAUUUGUAAACUUGAAUGGAAUUUACGCACAAAAUAUACAAAUUGUUCAUCAUCAAUAGAUGAUACAUGUUGCCAACAGAUAGGACCAGUUUCUCUUCUCUUUGAUGGUUAUUUAAAUUCCUUAGAACAAUGUGAAAAUUUAACAUUAAAUCAAUUAAAUGAAUAUGAUUUACAAUGGUCAACAUGUAAUACAUCUCAAUGUUCAAAUCAUCGUCUUCAUCAUUAUCUUAAACAUAUUGAAUCAUCUUUAACAUUUAAAAUCUAUAUUAAUAUCGAAAAUAAUACAAAUAAAAACAAACAACUUAUUUAUUUUUAUAAUAAUCUUCGUUAUUAUCAAUAUAAAAAUAAUUUCUCAUUAACACAUGUUAAUUUUGAUUUUAAUGAUGAACAAAUUCUUUUUAAAUAUCUUCUUCAAUCAAAUAGUAUAUUUAUAUAUUUAACAAUUAUUCUUUAUAUUCUAUGUCUAAUAUUAUUUGUUAAAAAUAUUUUCUUUAUAUUUAUUAUUUUAAUUCAUAUAUUUUUAACAAUUCUAUCAAGUUUUAUUAUAUAUAUUUAUAUAUUUCAUUUUCCAAUAACAAUACUUAAUUAUACAAGUAUAACAUUAUAUUUAUUUAUAAUAUUAAUUGAUUCAUUUCUUUGGUAUACAUGUUGGUUUGUUAAUAAUCAUAGACGAGAUGAUUGUACAAUAAAUCGUAUUAUUGAAAAUUUAUUAACACAAACAUUUUAUUAUUUAGUACCAAAAAAUCUUACGGCAAUAUGUGUACUUGUUAUUACAUAUACAAAUCAAAUAAUAGCAUUACAAUGUUUUACAGUAUUUGCUUUUUUACUUCUAUCAAUAUCAUUUUUUAUUUCAUUUACUCUUUAUCCUGUUACAUUUAUUAUUAUUCUUCGAUAUAAAUCAUUUAUUCCAUCAAUUGAACAUUUUUUAUAUCGUAUAUUAACAACUGCAGCAACAAAUUGUUGUAUUGAUCGUACAAUAUCUUAUCUUAUUAUACGAUUAAAAGCUUUCUGGUUAACUUUAUUAACUCUUAUUGCUUGUUUUGCAUUUGUUAUUAUAUUUCAAUGGCCAAAAUUACAAUUUAAUAUGUGUCGAAUAACAUUUGAUACAUUACCAUUACAUGUAACAAAUGAAAAAUCUUUAAUAACAAGAAAAACAUUAGAUAUUGAUAUAACAUAUUAUAUCGGUUCACGUUGGGAAGUACCAAGUGAAUCAAUGAUACCAUUUCGAGAUAUUCCUAUACUUUAUUAUAAUAGUGAAAAUCAAAUGUUAUUAGGACCAGGUACACCUCGUACAUUUCAAUAUGCAUUAGAAAAAAAUCUAACACAAUUAAUGGCUUUUUGUUCACAAUUACGAUCAUUUCAACAGGAACAAAAUUUUGAAUAUAAAACAAAUGAAAAAACAUUACCUUACAAACAUUAUCAUCGACAUAUUACUCGUCAAUUAUCAAAUAAUGAUACAUCUCAUGAAUUACCAAAAAUGUCUAAUUUUCCAUUAACAAUCAAUAAUAUUCAUUGUUUCGGUGAUUUAUCUCCAUCAUCUUCAAUAUUAUCAUCUUCAUCCAAUACAAAAUUUUCUUCCAUUAUAUCUAAUCAUUACAAUCAAUCAUUAGAUUGUACUCAUAUAUGUUCAUUAAAUCAAACAUCUAAUUCCUAUGAAUGUAUUUUAUGUCUUAAUUCUUUAUAUUAUAAUUCUAAUCCAUCGGAUGAUUUAUUUUUAAUUAAAAAUGGUUUACGUUUUAUAAGUGAUUCACAAAAUCCUCGAUAUUUAUUACAAACAAUAAAUUAUAAAUGGAAUAUAUUAACUGAUAUAAAUAAUUAUCUUGAAUGGAAAUUAUUGAAUGAGAAUUUAAAAACAAAUCCAAUUGGAAAAUUUUAUACAAAAAUAUUUUCUUUCAUGUCAUUUUGGUGGUCAAGUGAAUUAUUUUCAACUUAUACAAUUAUGGAACAAUUAGAACAAGAAAAAUAUGUUUUAACAGGAAUUAAAUUUGCAAUUAUACUAAUUUUUUUAGUAUUAUUUACAGGUGUCCUAGGGAUAUUUGUUACAUUAACAGCAUUAUGUAAUUUUCUUACUUGUAUUGCAAUAUUUACAUUAUUUAAUUAUAAAUUAACUGUAGAAAAUAUGGCAUAUUUUACAGUUGGACUUAUUAUUUGUACACAAUAUUCAGUACUCUAUUCGAUUAGUCUUAUUUAUUCAACAUUUUUUCUUCAAUCACUUCUUUGUUAUCUUGGACCAUCUGGUCAUACAUGUUUUUUUAUUCCAUGGCGUUUAAAAUUUUCUCGUCAUUUAACAUUACAAAUAAAUAAUGGAAAUGAUUUAUUUUUAAGAAAAUCAUCAACAAAUUCAAGACGACAUCAACGUAUGUCAACAUCAUCCUAUUUUGCAUCAUCUUAUUUUUCACAAAUAUUUACCGGUUCAACUUAUUUUGAAAGUGAAUAUGGAGGAAUAAAUGAUACAUUAACAAUUGGCUCAAGACGACGUGAAAGUUCACGAAGUCAUCAAUUAUCACAUAUAAUUAAACGUAAUUCAUUAUUAACAGGUGAACUUAUUGAAUUAUAUACACCACGUGCUAGUCUUGCACCAUAUGGACAUCAUUUACAUCAUCAUCGAUAUUCAAGACAAUCAUCUGUACCACGUGGUGUACCAACAACAGGACUUGCACGACCCUUAUAUGUAUCACCAUCUAUAUCACCUUAUUCACAAUUAAGUAUACAUUCACAAGCUACAGGUCGACAACGUUCACCUUCACCACAUAUAUUUCGUCCAUCACGAUCACCAUCACCACAUUCAUUAGCACAACAAUCAUCACCAACAACACCAACAACAAGUUCACUUCGUCCAUGUUAUUCAGCUCCUCGUCUUCAUGCACCUCAUCAUCGUGUGCCAACAAAUAAUCUCAAACAAACUGAUACAUUAAUUGAAGAAAAAACUCCAACAUUAUCUCUUCAACUUCGUAA